AUGUUAAGGAACGGUAUUAAGAAACUACAUCCACAAAAUGAAGUAAGAGAGGAAUGCCAAGCUUCCUCUUUCCUAAUAAAGAAAUCACUACCACAAAAGGAAAUAGGGGAAGAAUACGAAGCUUCCUCUUUCCUAAUAAAGGUGACCGUUUACUUUUCGUAUUUUGUCCUCCUGGUAUUUGGCCAUUUGCGAGACUUUUUGCGGAGACUGGGACUGGAAAAAAAUUGCAUUGUUCGGGAGAGAAAUAGAGAGGGUUACGUCCCGCUGUACCAGAGCUUCGAGAGCUUUUUCACCCGCAAUAUAUACAGAAGGUUAUGUCACGUGAUCAACAAUACCAUCUGCAGCACGCCCGGGGCUACUGUGGUGGUGAAAGAGAGAGUAUCCCACGACUUCAACUAUACCUUUGAAUUUACAGGAAAUGAAAGCGAAUGCAUUAAUUUGGCGUCUUUCAACUACCUGGGAAUGGCAGAGAACAACGGAAAAUGCGCCGACGCCGUUGCAAAAUGCUUGAAUGAAAAUGGCGUUGGAAUAUGCAGCACGCGGCACGAACUCGGUACCCUGAAGAUCCACCAAGAGCUAGAGAAGCUCACAGCCGAGUUCCUGGGCGUGGAAGACAGCAUCAUCGUGGGCAUGGGUUUCGCGACCAACACAACGUCUAUUCCCUCCAUCAUCUCCAAGGGAAGCCUGAUCUUAAGCGACAAACUCAACCACGCCUCGAUCGCCUUUGGUUGUCGGCUGUCCGGAGCAAAAGUCACGGUUUUCAAACAUAAUGACAUGAAAGAUUUGGAGAAAAAAAUUAGAGCAUCAAUUGUAUACGGGCAACCGAAAACACAUAGACCAUGGAAGAAGAUUAUUCUUUUAGUAGAAGGAUUAUACAGCAUGGAAGGCACCAUAGUGAACCUCCCUGGGUUGCUGGCCCUGAAGAAGAAAUACAAGUGCUACCUGUACAUAGACGAGGCGCACUGCAUAGGCGCCAUCGGCCCUAGGGGGCGCGGCGUGACGGACUACUACGGAUGCGACCCGAAAGACGUGGACCUCCUCAUGGGGACCUUCAGCAAGAGCUUUGCAGGAUACGGGGGCUACAUCGCCGGUUGCAAGAAAGUGAUUCAGCACCUGCGCAGAAACAGCCACAGCUUCAUGUAUGCGAACGGCAUGUCGGCCCCCGUGGCUCAACAGAUCCUUACGUCCAUGAAAAUACUCAUGGGGAAGGACGGGACUGCUGAAGGUUCCAAGAGGAUCCGGCAACUUAGGCGGAACACGCAUUACUUCCGCAAGAAGCUGAAGCAGAAGGGGUUCCUCAUUUACGGCAACGAAGACGCUCCGGUCGUUCCCCUCAUGCUGUACUUCAUGUCCAAAGUGCCGGAGUUCGUGACUCAGCUUUGGAAGGCGAAUGUGGCAGCCGUAGGCGUCGGGUUUCCAGCGACCCCUCUGCUCACGGCCAGGGCGCGAUUCUGCAUCUCUGCGGCUCACACAAAGGAUAUGUUGGACAAGGUCAUUGGUGCAGUAGAAAGCGCUGGACGCCUUAUGAUGGUGGAUUACUCUAAGAAACGCAAGUCGCAGGAAGAAAUAAUCUACUGA